AUGAACCCGCCUCCUUAGCCACAGCAUCCUCAGAGCAAACUGAAUGAAUAGACACGUUUUACGAUACUGACAUCAUAUGAAAUACUAUCCGAGAGCAGCCUCAGGGUGAUAUUGAGUGAAAGACAAAUGAUCGUUCAGACAGAGGUAAAAACCGAGACCUGGCACAGAACGUACGGCUUCAACAUCCUCGCAUCUGACUCAAGAAAUUUGGCCAGGGAUGCAGCGGGCAAAAUGCACACGCGCAUUAUUUCUAACACAGAGACUUCUGUAAAGGACAGCUCAAUACAUUUCAUUAAAUAAAUCCGUGCUGCGUUAUUUCGUAUUACUGGAGCUAUGCCGUUUCCCGGGAUUAUACUCAUACCAGGUGAUGUCAAUGAAAUCGUUGAUCAUUUAUAAAUAAGAGGAUACACGCAACACGUUGUUGACUGGCAAUUAGGAGCUCAAGAUUCAUCCAGCCUUCAUUCAUGGGAUGACCUUCUGCCGUGAGGCCUGUCCCAUCAAUCCCUGCAUCCCUCUCCUGUCUGUCUGUGAGCUUGUGACUCCAGCAGGCUGAUGAGACGCUUUGUGUACUGUAAGGUGGUGCUGACCACCUCUCUGGUCUGGGUGCUAGUGGAUGUCUUCUUGCUACUGUACUUCAGUGAGUGCAACAAAUGUGACAACAAGAAGGAUCGCUCGCUGUUGCCUGCGCUCAGAGCGGUGAUGUCACGAACCCCAGAGGCUCCUGGUGAAAUGGGGAAGGCAGUGAUCAUUCCAAAGGAACAACAGGACAAGAUGAAAGAGCUCUUUAAAAUCAAUCAGUUCAAUCUGAUGGCCAGUGACAUGAUCGCACUCAACAGAACUCUGCCAGAUGUCAGGCUGGAUGGAUGUAAGACGAAGACAUACCCUGAUGAUCUCCCAAACACCAGCAUUGUGAUCGUGUUUCACAAUGAGGCAUGGAGUACUCUCCUGAGAACCAUACAUAGCGCCAUAAACCGCUCGCCCAGACACCUGCUGCUCGAGAUACUACUGGUGGACGAUGCCAGCGAGAGAGAUUUCCUUAAAAGGAAAUUAGAGGAUUAUGUUGCAAAUCUAGAAGUUCCAGUGCGGAUUUUGAGAAUGGAACAGCGAUCUGGUUUAAUACGAGCACGGCUGAGAGGGGCAGCUGCUACACGAGGGCAGGUUAUCACCUUCCUGGAUGCCCACUGUGAGUGCACCACAGGGUGGCUGGAGCCACUGCUGGCCCGGAUUAAAGAGGACAGGAGAUCUGUGGUCUGUCCUAUCAUUGAUGUCAUCAGCGAUGAGACAUUCGAGUACAUGGCUGGCUCAGAUAUGACCUACGGGGGAUUCAACUGGAAACUCAACUUCAGAUGGUAUCCAGUUCCUCAGAGAGAGAUGGACCGACGCAAAGGAGACAGGACCCUCCCUGUAAGAACUCCAACAAUGGCUGGAGGUCUGUUCUCUAUUGACCGCACAUAUUUUGAAGAGAUUGGCAUGUAUGACCCGGGUAUGGAUAUAUGGGGAGGAGAGAAUCUCGAGAUGUCUUUUCGGAUCUGGCAGUGUGGAGGAUCUCUUGAGAUAGUCACAUGUUCUCAUGUAGGCCAUGUAUUUCGUAAAGCCACGCCAUACAGCUUCCCUGGUGGAACUGGUCAAGUUAUUAACAAGAACAACAGACGAUUGGCUGAGGUCUGGAUGGAUGAGUUUAAAGAUUUCUUCUACAUUAUCUCACCAGGUGUGGUUCGGGUAGAUUAUGGAGACGUCUCCUCUCGGAAGGCUUUGAGAGAAGCUUUGAAGUGUAAACCCUUCUCAUGGUACCUGGAGAACAUCUAUCCCGACUCUCAGAUUCCACGGAGAUAUUACUCACUAGGAGAGAUCAGAAAUGUUGAGACCAAUCAGUGUGUGGAUAACAUGGGCCGUAAAGAGAACGAAAAGGUUGGGUUUUUCAACUGUCAUGGAAUGGGUGGCAACCAGGUAUUCUCAUACACAGCUGAUAAGGAGAUCCGUACUGAUGACCUGUGUCUGGAUGUAUCACGGCUCAAUGGACCUGUCGUUAUGCUGAAAUGCCACCAUAUGAAAGGAAACCAGAUGUUUGAAUAUGACGCAGAGUAUGUGGGCAAGUGGGAAUACGACUUUAAGCGGCUGACUUUGCUCCAUGUGAAUAGUAACCAGUGUCUGGACAUGCCUUCUGAGGAAGAUAAGAUGGUUCCUACUCUCAGAGACUGUAACGGCAGGCGGUCACAGCAGUGGAUCCUGAGGAACAUGACGAUAAGUGUUUGACAAAACCACCAACUCCAAGUUCAGACCUGAACAUCUGCGCUGUACCCUGAUGACACCAGUGUCAGGUUUAUGGCAAUCUUCACAGCGCUGUGAGCUGUCAUUUUCUGGUCCAGCCUGGCUUUGAUCAGAACCACAAAGAGCACAUUUACUGAUCCAUUAGUGUCUCCAGCACUGCUCAUGUUUGGACUGCUCUGUUUGCUUGAUUCUUUUAGUGCUUAGAUUCACUCGUCUGGGGUCAGAUCGCAGGCUACGAUUGGUCCACGGUGUGUUUUAAAUGCUCAUCGUCUUUGAUCUGAGCUUGUGUCACUGAGUUUGUGUGACUGGCUAGCAUUGCUGCUCGUUCUUUGGGGGACUUCUGGUGCCUCUUCCAGAAGAAUAUCUUAGCUGUCAUAUUUUAGACAAUAAGCCAUGUUUCUUCAGAGCAGGAGAAACUGUGUUGGUGCAUCUUGUGGUAUAAUGGAUGAUGUGUUAGUCAGUGGAUUGUGCACUGACAUCAUAUUAAUUGCUGCUGUUACUGAAAACGAUCUGCUAUCUUUUAUUGGGGCUGCAAUAUAUAUAUAUAUGCCUUAAGGACAAAUCAUGUAUACAGCAUAAAAAAGAAAAACUGGAAAACAUUUUUAAAUAUCUGUUACACACAGUGCAUACAGUAUGGGGAUUCAUUUUGCUAUUCAUUUUGGGAUUUUGUAUUUUUUUAACUAAUGUAUUUCAUUGUAUUUUCAUUGUAUUUUAUUGUAUUGUUAUUGUUAUGUAUUGAGCCAGCAGCCAUAUCACCCUGUAGCCCAAGACAGCUUGCCCACUGAAGCAAAGCAGGGCUGAGCCUGGUCAGUACUUGGAUGGGAGACCACCUGGGAAAACCAGGUUGCUGCUGGUGUGGUGUUAGUGAGACCAGCAGGGGGUGCUCACCCUGUGUUCUGUGUGGGAUAAGACGUUAAACCGAGGUCCUGACUCUCUGUGGUCAUUAAAAAGCCCAGGAUGUCCUUUGAAAAGAGUAGGGGUGUGCCCCGGCAUCCUGGCCAAAACUUGCCCAUUGGCCUACUAAUCAUCCCUCAUACUAAUUGGCUAUAUCACUCUAUCUCCUCUCCACUAAUAAGUUGAUGUGUGGUGGGUGUUCUGGCGCAAUAUGGUGGAUGCUGCACAUUGGUGGUGGUUGAGGAGAUUCCCCCAUUCGUAUGCAAAGCGCUUUGAGUACUGAGAAAAGCGCUAUAUAAAUGUAAGGAAUUAUUAUUUUAUUAUUUACAUUUAAAAGCGAAAAUCUAAGUUUUUUAAAUAUUUUUUUGGAAACAAAAUCCUGAAAGUUACAUUUGUAAAUCGGACCACUGAAAAAUAAAACUCCUGUUAUUUUUCUUAAGUUUCUUUGAUUGUGAAUCUUAGAAACUUUGAAAUGUAUAUGUCAUACUUCACUCCAAAAAUUUAAAGAAAAAGAAAUGAAGUUUAUUAUUUAUAGUACUCAAAGAUGGUCCUGUGGCUCAAGCAAUGUAAAGCCUGAAUGCAUUUCAAGUUGCUUUAGUUAAAAGAAUCUUCUAAAUGCUUAAAUAUGGGUUUUGCAUGAAGAAAAUAAAGUCUAUUUUAUAGAUGAAUGUUAUCCCAAAAAUGGCAAUUAUCUCAUUAUUUACUCACCCUCAUGCCACAAUUGUCUCAAAACACACAAGAAUGAAAUAGAAUUGUUUCCAUAUUUGAUUCUGCUAUAUACGUUUACAAUUACAAUCAUUUCACACACAUAUUACCAGAUAUUAUCCCAUUUAUAAAAUGGCUUCUUGUAAAUAAUCGGACACAAAAUACUGAUUGUUUCCAGAAAAGAGACAGCAAAGUGAUAUAUUGAUGAGUCACAGUAUCUGGAUGAGUGGUGCAUUAUCAGUUUUGGCUGUGAUUGUCAGGGAAUACCAGAUCUCGGAUUUAAAAAAAAUCAAAUAUUCCAAACAGUGUUGUAAUAAAUUGAAUGUCAUAAAUAUUGUCACAAUGCAUAAAACUAAAUAAGCAUAGUUUUCAUUAUGCCGAGUAGACUAUAGUUUUAAUUUUAUUGUUAUAUAAUUGUUUUAAUGAAAAUCAUCCUUCAAGUUGUUGUUUUAUGACGUACAUUUACAAAGGUAUUCAUGCUAUUUGUUUUACCUUGGAACAUCUUCAUCAAAUCUAUUACAGUGCUGCUGUCAAUUUUUCCUCAACAUUGAAUUGCUAUAGAUCAGACAAUUGUACAAAAUAUGAUCCAGACCUUUUUGAGCAUCGUUGUACAUAUUAAAAUAUAGUCAAUAUUUUUUAAGAUAAAGUCUAUAAAGCUUAAUGGACUUUUACCGAGUGAGACUGCCUGCCUGCACUACUGCUAUAUGCCUACAUCGCUACUGUUUAAAGAAUGUAUUUUAUGUAUUCGCCAUGUUUAUCAAUGUUUACUGUCUGUUUACCACACAGAAAUAUGCAUUGCAGUAAUGAAUCUUGAAAUAUUUGGUUCAAGCAUUUGUAAUCUCUUAGAAAUCAGAACUGAAUUCAUUUAGUUACACCAAACAGAGAGGUCUCAUAAACACACGUCUCAAUUAAUAUCACUAUAUUAUCUUGGCUUUCCUAGAUUUUCACUUGCAUGGUACAGACUGUACAUGUAUAAAUGUGUAACUUUGCAUUCAUCUUAAUGUUAACUGUUUGUACUUUUUUAUCUGAAUCGAUUUUGUUUGAUAGAUUGUUAUAAAAUUUAAACUGUGAUUUACUGUAUAAUAAACAAUUUGUUGUCAAA